ACCUUCUCGGAUUCAGAUUACAGUUUCCAGUGUUGUACAGGUAGCGGUUAAGACGUGAACACGAAAAUGUUUUAUUUUUGUGUUAUCUUCACUUGUUUGGUUUUUAAUGCCUUGUGUGAUGAAUUCGACGGCGGUAAGGCUCCGAGGAUAGUAUUAAACGAUGGCAACAAAAUACCGGCGAUGGGACUCGGUACCUUUCUUGGAUUUGAUGAACAUGGCGUGAAAAAGGUUGGGGAACGUGAAUCAGAGCUUCCGGCUACAUGGGCCCUUAAUUCCGGUUAUAGGUUAUUCGACACAGCACCAAUAUAUAGAAAUGAAGAUCAAAUCGGUCUGGCUGUACGCAACUCCGGUAUUCCAAGGGAUAAAGUAUUUAUUGUGACCAAACUGGACACUCACGAACAAAGAACAGUGAUUCCCGCACUUAAGAGAUCAUUGAAACGUCUCAAUAUGUCCUACGUUGACUUAUUUUUGAUUCACUUCCCGAUUGCUUUUAAGCCUGACAGCGAUGAAUACGAUGUAGUCGACUAUUUAGACACAUGGAAGGGGAUGGAGGAAGCAAAACGUCUAGGCCUAACAAAGUCAAUCGGAGUCUGUAACUUUAAUAUGAGUCAACUUGUGAGGUUAAUGGCUAAUAGCGAGAUCAAACCAGCUGUGCUGCAAGUUGAGCUCAACCUAAAUCUGGCUCAAAACCAAUUGCUGAAUUUCGCAAGAAAUCACAACAUAACAGUGAUGGCGUACAAACCAUUCGGUUCUCUGUUCUCCUCUAGCUCUGAAGCCCCACCACCGAGGACCAAUGACCCCAUACUCGAAUCUUUGGGUAAGAAGUAUGGGAAAACUGCGCCUCAAAUAACAAUUAGAUAUCUUAUACAACGUGGAGUCAUACCUAUUCCUAAAUCGGUACACAAAGAAAGAAUCGAGAAGAAUAUCGAUGUUUUUGAUUUUGAACUCACUUCCGACGAAAUGGACACAUUAGAUAAAUUUAAUAAGAAUUACAGAACUGUAUGGCCAAGUUUUUGGCAAGACCACCCUUACUAUCCCUUCGAGCAGAAGGACGUCCCCGAUCCAAAUAUUUUUCAUGGCGGUGCAAAGGAAGAAUAAUAUGAAUUAUAUAUAUUUUUAAAUAUGUAAUAAAAACGUAUCAUACAUA